AUGUUGAUGUAGAGAGAGAAUGCGUAUAAAGGGCUUGGUGAGAGGGGGGCAGUAGUGGGCAUGGAAGGGCUGGCCAUGCUGAAGCAACUCAUCGGCGAAGUUCAACAGCUCUUGCACAACGGCCACCGCCACCACCACCACCACCACAGGAAAUUGUUCGCCAAACCCCUUGGAGUGACCCCUGCAUAUGAUCAACCUUGGCGGUAUCAUGUUAGUGAGGGAGACUGGCAUCAGCUAAAGACCCUUGCCUAAUGGGUUCACACCCCCAUAGGCGGGCUGAAGAGAGGAGGAACAUAGCUUUAAAUAGAAAGCACAAUGCAACCAACCUGACUUCCGACCAAGUCUGAUAACCAAUUUGGCUAACAAAUGGUGCUUUUUUGACCUUGAUGAGAACUCUGUGGAAGACAAUUAUGGCGGUCUCGUAAUGAAGGCUAGAAGGUGUGAAACUUUUAACAUACUGGAACAGGUUCCACCUGCAAAGAAACCUCGAACAGAGCAAAAUGGAGGAAGAUUACCUGAUGCCGCUAGUUCAAAUGAAAACAUGGAACAGCAGAUCUGGAAAAAUUUCCCUGAAGACCUCUUUGAAGCUGUCAUUGCAAGACUUCCCGUUGCUGCAUUCUUCCGCUUCCGCUCAGUUUGUAGGAAGUGGAAUUCCUUGCUGACCUCACAUAGUUUCUCUCAGAUAUGUGCGCAGGUUCCACAAACCCAGCCUUGGUUUUAUGUCAUGACUCGUGAAAAUACGAAUACUGGAGCCAUGUAUGACCCUUCUUUGAAAAAAUGGCACCACCCUACCAUGCCUACUCUGCCAACAAAGUUGAUAGUCUUUCCAGUGGCUUCUGCUGGUGGUCUUGUCUGCUUUGUUGAUAUUAGGGAUCGGAGUUUCUUUGUCUGCAAUCCUCUUACUCAAUCAUUCAAGGAAUUGCCAGCAAGGUCAGUCAGGGGCUGGUUUCCAGUUGCGGUAGGGAUGACUCUGAACGGGGAAUUGACAAGUGGAGGCUAUAAGAUCCUUUGGGUGGAUUGUAAUGGGGAGUAUGAAGUUUAUGACUCCAUAGAGAACUCCUGGACUUGUCCCGGGAGCAUGCCCUCUGCUGUGAAGCUUCCGUUGUCACUGAACUUUAGGACCCGGGCAGUAUCCAUUGGUCACACAAUUUACUUCAUGAGAUUAGACCCUGAUGGUAUUGUGUCCUACAAUACAGCUACGGGCGUCUGGAUGCAGUUUGUGGUCCCUGCCCCCGUGCAUCUGCGUGAUCGUGCACUUGUAGAACGCAAUGGGCAGAUCAUGCUUGUGGGGCUGCUGACAAAGAAUGCUGCCACAUGCGUAUGCGUGUGGGAGCUGCAGAAGAUGACUCUCUUGUGGAAGGAGGUUGACAGAAUGCCAAACAUAUGGUGCUUGGAGUUUUAUGGAAAGCACAUUAGGAUGACUUGCUUAGGUAACAAAGGUUUACUCAUGUUGUCAUUGAGAUCAAGACAAGUGAACCAGCUGGUUACCUAUGAUCUAUCGAGCAGGGAAUGGCUGAAGGUUCCUGGGUGCAUGCUGCCAUGCGGGAAGAAGCGUCUGAAUACUACAUACGGCACUGCAUUUCACCCGUGCCCAACAGCUUCGGCCUGAUUUAGCAACAUUGCUAUAUCAGAUGCAUGAUGUCUCACAUUUUGUGGGGUUUCACCCGCGGUGGCUGCAAGCUUUUCGCCAGUACUUAAGGUUGCAGCCUGAUUUGUCGGCGUUAAUAUAAGUUAAUGAUCUUAGGGGGGAACUAUGAUGAUGUUAUUUCUCUUUAUGCGGGCAUUUAAGUUUGAAUUAAGCAGACCGGAAAAAAAAAAAAAAAAGAAAUGCUUGUUGUUUCAAUGGGGAUGAGAAUGGGACAUGAGCCAGCAGCUUUGAUGAAAAUAAUAAUCCUUGUUAAAGAA